ACGAAUACGCAUAUGUCUCCGGCUACAAAAUUAAUAUGGGAAAAUCGGUGGCUCUGCCACAUGGAAUGGACCCAAGGGCGAUUGAAGGCCUACGCACCGCACAUACAUUCACCAUUGCGAAAACCAACAUUAAAUACUUGGGCGUUAGGCUCACUGCAGAUCCGGACAAACUAUACUCCGAGAAUUACACCCCUAGGAUACAAUCACUGUACCGAGAUAUAGAAAAAUG